AUGUGGGCGGGCGGGGCGGUGAGAUGGAAGUCGCUGCAGAAGGUCGCCUUGGCUGCCUCCUUGCCGUGGCCGAUGCUGCUGUCGCUACGAUCCAAGGGCGUGCUGUGGUGGGCGAGACCGGGGCUCCGCCGUAGGAUGGACAAGAUUCUAUCGGUGGGGGGUGCAGUGUCCCUGCUGGUCCUGUGCGAGACGUCCAAGUCUUUGGUGCUGCUGCCCGUGUUCCGACCAUUCUUGUUCUCCGCGCCCCGCCCCCCGCUCGACUCGAUUCUCGCCUCCGCCGUGCUCGCCUGCCUGGCGGCGGCCUGGUGUUUGGGACUAUUGUUGGGCGUGGAGCAGGCGGUGAUGCCGCUGUUCGACUUGUCCGCCUUCGCGCUGUCCAUGCUAGUCUUCUCGGAUAGGCGGGACCUCAAGGCCUACGUGGUGGGGGUUGCCGGCGUGUCGUCCUUCACCCUGUGGUUUUCGUGGCAGACUGUGUGGCACCUGAGCUUCAGCUUCGCGCUGCCGCUGGGGCCUCGGCACUGGGAGGGAGGGGCGACGUCUUCUCCACCGCUGUCGUCGUCGUUGUCGCUGCAGCAGGUCUCGGCGUGCUGCGCGGCCCUGUGCUUCGGGGUGUUGCUGGUGCCGGGCAUGGUGGCCUUCGGCGUGCGGCAGGUGGCGAUAGGCGUCGUUUUCGGGUGA